AUGUCUGCCCCUGUUCGGCACACCGUACCUACCUUGCCUGGUGGGAGCAAGGCUACUAUCGUUUCUGGUGAGUCGAAUGAUGAAACUUCUGGACCAUCUGCUGAAAUUCCGCCGUAUUCAAUUUUGACGAUUAAUGUGGGAUCUCUUACGCUUGCUCAAUUCGUUGAACGGUUAGAAGCCUCGGGUCAAGUUGCCCAUCACAUGUUUGCUCGCUUGCGUCGUCGUUUUUAUGUAAUGCCCGUUACUGCUCCUGAACCAAAUGUUGACCGUUUCGGCGGACGAGGAGACCGGCCGGUAGAGGAUGUGUUGUAUGGUGUUGUAGGUCGACAACGUCUCGCCAUCCACGGAAUUAUCGAGUUUCACGUCGUCUACGUUGGGGAAAUUUGUGUACAACGAGUGAAUUAUCACUUC